AUGGAUAUGAGCUCAAUGUCGAUGGAUAUGGGCAGCGCUACCACCUCGAUGGCGAUGGCUCACUCUACUAUGGAUCACGCCCACAUGAGUGGUAUGAACCACAUGUCUAUGGACCACAGCUCCAUGGACCAUGGUUCAGUGGGCCAUGGCUCCAUGGGCAACAGCAGCGAUAUGGGGGGUAUGGACAUGGGUGGGAUGGACCACAGCAUGAUGGGCAUGAACAUGUGGUUGACCACCACCUACCGUGAUUACCCAGUUUUGUUCAAAAAUCUCAAGGCCAAUAACGGUGGCCAGGCUUUCGGAAUAUUCUUACUUUUUUUUGUGGUGGGUUUCCUCGGGAAAGGUUGUGAGUUUCUCAAGAACUACUUGGAAGUGAAAGUUUGGCACAACCCAAUCUACAACCGCCAAACUACCAUUAUCGAUGAGUGUGCUUGCGACGACGAGGAAGCUGGCUCUGGUAAAGUUCUGGAGUCACUUGAGCGUCAAGAGACGCCUGUGAGCCACUCUUUCUUUACUUAUUUGAUUAGAGACUGCAUCAGAAUUAUUCUAGUGUUCAUUUCCGAAAUGUUCGGUUACGCCUUAAUGUUGGUUGCCAUGACUUUCAGUCUUGUUUACUUCUUUUCAGUAAUCUUGGGUAACACCUUCGGUCGUGUUUUCUUCGAGAAGUUGAGCAAUAAGCUCGAGAUUCUGCCCGGCGCCAACAACUUUGCUGGCCACCACUAA